AUGCCAUCAUUUUGUGAGGCCACCGGCGUCGGUGUCAUUUCUCGGAGCCCCCUCGGCCGCGGAAUACUGUCGAAGCCGCGUAGUGUGGCCACCUCCUCUCAGAGUCUUGGCAGCGCCUCGGAUAUCAAGACAGAGGAGUGGUUUGCUGAUUCCAGUCUGGGUAUUGUGGAUGCCGUUCAGCAGGUUGCCUAG